AGAUUCCUAAAGGUCGGUGUAAUGACCUCUGUCCACCAGGAACCAGAAAAGUCCUCAGAGAAGGAUAUCACAUCUGCUGUUAUGACUGAAUCCCAUGUCCAGAAGAAGAAUUUACAAAUCAUUCUGUUCUCUGUGUGACCUUCUGCAUCUCUGAGAUCCAGGACCCUGCAGCUCAAUGUGAUCUUACAAUGAAGAAUUAUACAUUUGAGUACAAAUAUUCUCAGGAAGGAGAUAUCAUCAUCGGAGGGAUCUUCACUGUACAUUCCUGGGUGAAACUGUGGAGAGAAAAAGGGAAAACUUUUUAUAACAAGAUGUGUAUAGGUGCUCACCCCAGAGAAUAUACACAUCUGAGGGCUUUUCUCUUUGCUAUAGAAGAAAUUAACAAUAGAUCAGAUAUCCUUCCCAAUGUCACCCUGGGAUAUCACAUAUAUGACUCUUGUGGACAUGAGAAUAAAGUUAUAAAAGAUGUUCUGCAGAUACUGUCUGGACACACAGUGACGGCUCCAAACUAUUCCUGUAUGGAGAAUGAUGCAGUGGUCGGUUUUAUUGGGGAUUUACAUUCUGGUACUACUCUUACUAUGGCCCAGCUGUUAAGCUUAUAUGGAUAUCCACAUCUAUCACACUAUAUAAAAGAAGAUAAUAUUUUAUUAAAUGAAAAUGGAGACUGGAUAACACCGCUAUAUAUUAUGAAUUGGGUAGUAAGAAUAUACGAAGGAAAUGAAAUAAUGUUAAGACCGGUUGUUGGAAGAUUUGAUGCAUCUUUUCCAGAAGAUAAACAGCUGGAUAUUAAUCCCCAGAUAAUAACAUGGAGACAUAACUCAAUUCCUAAAGGUCGGUGUAAUGACCUCUGUCCAUCAGGGACCCGAAAAGUCCUCAGAGAAGGAUAUCACAUCUGCUGUUAUGACUGUAUCCCAUGUCCAGAAGGAGAAUUUACAAACCAUUCUGACAGUGAAAAUUGCCAGAGAUGUCCUGAAGAUGAAUGGCCGAAUGAGAAAAAGAACAAAUGUGUUUUGAGGGACUAUGAGUUUCUCUCAUAUGAAUCUGAUGUUCUUUCUAUAGUUUUCUCCAUCUUCUCCAUAUUAUUCUCUCUUAUAACUGUAUUUAUAAUCGGAAUAUUCACUUUAUUCCGGAAAUCUCCCAUUGUCAGAGCCAAUAACCAGAACCUAAGCUUCAUUCUCCUGACCUCUCUCAUGUUCAGCUUACUCUGUGUGUUUCUAUUCAUCGGUCGUCCAGUGGAUAUAACCUGCAUGCUGAGACAAAUCUUCUUUGGGAUCUUCUUCACAGUAGCCGUGUCUUCUGUCCUGGCCAAGACCAUCAUAGUCUGCAUAGCAUUCAAGGCCACCAGACCAGAAAGCUCCUGGAGAAAGUGUGUGGGGGUUAAGCUUCCUUAUUCUGUAGUGUUGGUCUGUUCAUCUCUUCAGAUCCUGAAUGCAGUUAUCUGGUUGUCAUUGUCUCCUCCAUAUCAAGAGCUUAACCUGGAUUAUCCUGGGAAGAUCAUCAUUCAGUGUAAUGAAGGGUCUGUCUUGGCCUUUUACCUCAUGUUGGGUUAUAUGGGGUUUCUGGCGGCUGUGAGUUUUGUUCUAGCUUUCAUGGUGAGGACAUUACCUGAUAUCUAUAAUGAAGCCAAGUACAUCACCUUCAGCAUGCUGGUGUUCUGCAGUGUCUGGAUCGCUGCCAUCCCGGCCUAUCUGAGCAGUACAGGGAAACACAUGGUCACUGUAGAGAUAUUUGCUAUAUUGGCCUCAGGGGGAGGAAUAUUGAUCUGCAUGUUUCUUCCUAAAUGUUACAAUAUCCUGAUGGAUCCUGAAGUGAACAGUAAAGGACACUUGUCCCAGAGACGCGUUAUGUGAAUGAUUCUCUGAGUUGAAUUUCUUAGAUGUUUUUGUCACUGUCCAGUUUGUAUAUUAUCGGGAUUUAUCAGGAAAGAUAUGAAGUCCAUAUAUUAUUCUGCAAAUAUAUCUGAUUCUGUGUCAUAUCUUAUUCUAAUGAUAUAAUUUCUAUGGUACAACUAUAUAUUUUGAAGGUUUUCUUCUCUAUUGUAAUGUGUUGGGCUGUGUUUAGUAUCAAUUUACUGUUUAGGGCCUCUAUAGAUUGUUUAUUGCUGGUAUCUAUAAAUAUAAGAAUAGGUAUUACUUAUUUCUACUUCACCCACUAUUACUGGGACGACAAGAAAUACUGUGGAUUAUUAGCACAACUAGUAUUGUAAGGCACAUAAAGUUCCUUCCUAGGAAAUUUGGGGAAUAUUUAUCAUUGUUGUCUUUAAAAAGUGAGUUUUGAAGUAAUUUUUUUCUGCUUUACUAUCACAGGGAGUUGAAUAAUUUGGCUCACACCUUGGUAAAAUAGUUCAAAGAUGCAUUUUUGGAGAAUAAUUACAUUACUGGUUAUAGAUACUAGAUUUAUAGGGACAAAAUGUUGAUCCAGGGAUUUAUUCUGAUGCCAUAUUUGGAGUCGGGAAGGAAUUUUUACCUCUAGUAUGAGGGUUUUUUUCCUUCCUCUGGAUCAACUCAGUAGGGACUCAUUAGGGCUAUAGGUUGAACUUGAUAGACUCUGGUCUUUUAUAAGCCUUAUGAACUAUGUUACUAUGUGAUUAUCGAGCAAGGAGGGAUGGAGUAGAGUUCACUUACUGUUAGCAGUAUGGAUGUUCUUCUUGAAGAUAAGUUGAAUGAGGAAGUUGGACCGAGGAGUAUUUGGAGGUGGAAUCUGUAAAGGGAUAGGGGACGAGCAACCUACUUAAGGUGGCAGUAAUGAUGAUGGAUGGUGGCCAGCCUUGGCAAAUCGAGGAAAGGCAGAACCAGCUGGCCCUCAGAAAAGCUGGCAAGGAUGGCAAACUGUAUGCC